GCUUGAAGCUGAAUGGAAAUUUCCAGUCAGUGUGUCAGGGCUAUAUUAGCAGAAGAGACCGGCGAAGCAGUCAGAAGGAAGCGCUAACAGCUCGAAACAAUCGUGAAGAAACGCUACAAGACAAUCUUUUGGACUCUACUCAUUGAUUAGACUGAAGGACACUUGAAUCUACUUCUCUACUUCGCUCUCUUCGCUUAAUUCAAAGUCAUCAUGUCUCAGCAGCAGAUCAGCCUCCCAGCCAAGCUCAUUAAUGGCGGUAUUGCUGGCAUUGUUGGGGUUACUUGUGUCUUCCCCAUUGACUUGGCAAAGACCAGGUUGCAGAAUCAGAGACCCGGUCAGCACGUCUACAAGAGCAUGAUGGACUGCCUUGUCAAGACAGUUCGAUCAGAGGGUUACUUUGGAAUGUACAGAGGUGCCGCUGUCAAUUUGACCCUGGUCACCCCCGAGAAAGCAAUCAAGCUGGCUGCUAAUGACUUCUUCAGGCAUCACCUCUCCAAAGAUGGAAAGGGGCUGACAGUGUUCAAAGAGAUGCUGGCAGGUUGUGGUGCAGGGAUGUGUCAGGUCAUUAUCACCACCCCCAUGGAAAUGCUCAAGAUACAGCUCCAGGAUGCAGGCAGGCUCGCGGCCCAGCAGCAAAAACCAGGCAUGAUGGCGCCCACCAAGCUCGUGGCCACCAACACCAUGCUCAGCCGCUCCUACAACUCUGGCACAGUGGUUUCAGCACCACGAGCUGUGUCUGCCACACAGAUCGCAAAGGAGCUUCUCCAUACUCAGGGCAUCCAGGGGCUCUACAGAGGUCUGGGGGCAACACUGAUGAGGGAUGUUCCCUUUUCUAUUGUCUACUUCCCGUUGUUUGCCAACCUGAACCGCCUGGGCAAACCCGGCCCUGAGGAGUCAUCACCCUUUUAUUGGGCUUUCCUCUCAGGCUGUGCAGCAGGAUCUACAGCCGCUGUGGCUGUAAACCCCUGUGAUGUCGUGAAGACUAGACUGCAGUCACUGAACAAAGGCUCCAAUGAGGAGGCUUACAAUGGAGUUGUGGAUUGUGUGAGAAAAAUAAUGCGAAAGGAAGGACCCUCUGCCUUCCUGAAAGGCGCCGGCUGUCGAGCUCUGGUCAUCGCUCCUCUGUUCGGCAUUGCACAGGUUAUGUACUUUGUUGGCGUUGGCGAAUACAUCAUGGACAGCUCGCCCCUCAGCCUCCUGUCUGCGUGAGCGUAUCCACUCAGUGGUUAAUGCAUAGGACCUUCUGAGUGUGGAUUGUGGAACAACUGGCAGCUACGUACCAUCGGUUUACAAGUCUUGUCUGACAGAGUCAGAAAGCCUUCAGGCUGUAAAGACCAAGAUUACAUCGUCUGUAUGGUCCAACAGCUGUGUUGCACUUAAACACUUUUGUGACUUAUUCAGUAGGCUACGGGCCAACGUUUGCACUUGAAGCUGUUAGCUGUGCUGGACUGCGGGACUCAGAUUUGCAGUGUUAUUCUUUCUUUGUCCCCGGGACAGUCCUGUUCUGUUUCCCUCUGUGAGGGAGGGAAGCACACUCCAUCAAAGAGACAGACCUAUAUUUUUUUGUGUGUUUUCUUCUAUGCUAUCACUUUUCAUAUUUUCUAUUUGUAGUUUUAUUUUGAAUUUGCUGAAAUGCAGCAGCUUGCAGUAUUUUGUGUUUUCCUCUCCUUUCCUGUUGCUGUCUGAUGUUACAAAGCCUGGAAGUUUUCAAGGCCUCAAAUGGGGGACACAAUUUACACACUUUAAUGUAAAGGGAUAUUUUUUUUUGUUUUACAUGCAUUUCGACAAUAAUUGUGAGUGUUAUGUUUAAUUUGACUGAUCAUGAACCUUCCUAAAGACAAGGGACCAUAUACUUGCCAAACCAUAAACAGUAACCUGUUAUAUACUUGAUAUUUAGAACUACAGUCGUUGUAUCUUAAUAUCCGCAAAAACUUGAGAUGCAUGCACAUUAUAUAUGUAUGUGUUUGUCCACAUAACCUCAAUUACAUUUAAAUAUGCAUACCUACCUAUUUCACUCACCAGUGUGUGUAUAUAUAUUAUUUUUAGUGUAUGCCUUUACAGAGCAGAUCGACACGUCUCUGAACAAGGUUCUUGGACAAAAAAAGAGCAUUAUUACUGUGACUGUGAAAGACGACUGUUACUGUAUUUUGUGUUUGUGAUGGAUUUUUGUACAUACCUUUAUAUAUACAUUAAAAUGUGAAACAUUGA